AUGGCUAGAAUAGAUCAACACAACAAAGAGCCAUUUCCUGUGCCUCUUCCUUCAUUCGAGUCUAUGAUUUCAACAACAAUGUUGCUUCGUGCCAAGCUGGAUUAUCUAUCAAAAAUCACUCGUUCACUUAUCAACCGCGAGCAAACCAGACGUGGUGCAAUGAUUUCGAUUGAUGGAUAUUGCCCUAAGGCUGUGGAGUUUAUCACAUCCUAUCUUGAUUAUAUUUUGGGCAAUAACUAUAUGUCCAAUACCUUCAGAGGCCCGGCGACCCCAGUCAUCUGUUCUCAUUGCACUCAGCAGUUGCAGCGUCUGGAAGAUCAGGCUAACGUGUCUUGGAAGCUGACAAUAGCCAACGUUGAGAAACAUCUUCAGAAGCAACAAAAGCACCGCUGCAAACCUGUGGCUCUUGUUCCGCAGUAUCAGCUUACAUUAAUCGAUCUACUCUGCCUAAACUUCCUCAAUACUCAACAGAAUAUUACACCUGAAGACAAGUGGAGGCAGCAGGCAGACGUUUGGAAAGGCUAUGCUAGACCAGAUAUUAUCGUUUACAUUGAUGAUCUGAAGAACGAAGACUAUUUCGAGUUGGUUCAAGUUGGGACACAAAAUUUGAUUAUUUGUGGCACUGAGCGAUCAUCGGGCUUUCCAAUAUGGCCUAUCAGGUGUCGUAUGGUGAAGGUGCUCAAAACCAUACUAAACGAAACCAGAUUUUGA